AUGGUACGCCCCAGUAAAUUCGGCGGGCACAUCGGACAAAUUGAAUGGAUGAAAGCUGAUGAAAAUGUUUAUCAAGAAGCAGAAAAAUGGCGUUGGAUAGUCAAACAUUCAUGGGAGGAUCGAAAACUUGAUUGGCUUGUACAUGAAAUUCAAACUGAUUUUAUUGAUAGGCAGUUAAAGGAAUCAAAAGACUUCGAAAUAAUACAAACUUUUUUUGAUCGAGCUAAAACAGAAAUGAAUCCUAUUCAUUUGAUUAAAGCGUACACAGCUGAAACUGAUUUUUAUAAACAUCUAAAUAAGCAGCUGGCAAUAAUUGGUGGUAAUUUUAAAGGUACAAAUGGUGAGUGUAAUCGUUGUGGAAUCAAAUGUUAUUUGCAAGUUUUAUUUACACAUCGUGACUUUGAUCAAAUGAGUUAUGUUGGUGAGUGUUAUCGAGGUAUGACAAUUACAAAGCAAACAUCUGAAUACCCAGAAGAAAACGAAAUUCUUAUUAUGCCUUAUACGGCAUUUCGAGUCAAAUUAAUCAGAAUGAAAAAUUCCACUAACCAAAAUGAUCAAAUUGAUUAUUUCAUUGAUCUUGAAGAAAGUAUACCACAAUUACACCUUCACCAAAAGCAAGCUAUAAUUAAUGCAAAGCAGCUCACAUUCCGUAAUAAAUUCAAGAAAAAGUUUAACAAAUGGUUAGGAAAUGAAGAUUAG